AUGCCCUUCCGACCUGCCACACCGGACAUUCUUAUUCCCGGCUCUGCCGCCGCUCGUAAAAUUGUUUCAUCCCACUCUUCAUCUGAGAAGCUACCCUCCAGGGUACCAUUACACCCUCUUUUCUCCCGCUUUUUUCCAUGCAACAACUUACCCUUACCCUCAUAUAACGACACUUCUUCCCCUCAACCGCGACUCUGCUCCUCCGCCAGCCUCCCCACUUACAAACUUCACGCGUGCUCCCGAACCAUAUCACAACAAAAUCGAACUAUAUCACAACAAAGUCGAAGCAUAUCUCAACUGCCUUUGACUCGUCCCUCCCUUCUACGGCUCGCCACCGUCUCUAUCGUCUGUGUCAAGUGUGCAAUUACUUCACAAUGUCGCAACGACGCCCGAGCACCGCGAGCAAUUCUGUUGACUUGGACCGUCAGCCAAGCAUUCCUCAACAUCCUUCAGCUUCUUCGUCUCCUCGUCAACGGCGCAUGCGUAGCCGUCCGCAACGUUCCCCGCUUAAUCGCCCGCUAA